AUUCGCAUGGAGAAAAAGCGCUACGGCUCUGGAUCGCGCUAGAUCCUCCCGACUAACGUCGCGGCGACCUCCUUUAUCCUUACCUCCUUUUCAGCACUUGCUGACAACUGUCGACCAGCCCCAGGAAGCCAGGACAUAAGAGGUAGGUAGGCGCAGCGCGAGUCGCGCUUCCUGAUGAUUCCCGAUCAUCCUUUCUCCUGAAGGCCGUCAAAGACGCUCGGCGAUGGACUUGGACAACACUCGCUACUUAUCUGCCAUUGUUCGAGGGAUGCGACCCGUCCCCGACAUCUCGCGACGAAAACGGUACGACCCCCAAUCGCUGCCAUCGGAUCGAAGUCUGGACUGAGGUGGUUCGGAAUGCGGGAUUUCACAAUGGCGACCGCAUCGGCUCAACAUGAUGCUUUGCCGUUCGUGCUUCCGGCGGCUUUUGAGAAGCAAUUGCGCGAUUCCGCGACCUUUCAGAUCCUCCGUCAACAUCUCUCCGCGACGUUGAACUGUACUUUCUGCGCUGCGCACGGCGGAAGCGGUUCGGAUCGGCACACAUGGCUGCUGUAUCGAGACAUCUUGCAUGCUCUGAUCGCUCCGUUGGCGAAGUUAUACCUUCAUGCCGAGAGGCAUGCGGAAGACGUCCUGCAACGGCGAUAUAUCGCGAAUAACAAGGGCCGCCGCCCGUUGCCGGAUGACUUGGAGCUUGCGUACAGUCGUGACGCGAGGAGUGCAUUUGUUUGGUUAGGGAUAUUUGUCAACGAGGAGCUCGACUGGAUGGAAACGAAGGCGUGGAGCUGUCCAGCCUGCAUCACCGUCUAUUCCUUCUCAACCGAAUCCACCAUCCGCCUACUCCUAACCGCAUGUCUCCUCUCCGCCUCCCCCAGUCAACCCGACAAGCCAACCCUCCCCAACUUUACCCCCCUCCUUCCCCCUCUCGUCUCCGCCAUCAGCAACGACCCGUACUGGGGCCCUCCCUGCGCUGCCCACCUCCGCUCCCGCGCCGAAUCCUCCGUCGCCGGCAUCAAAGCACUAAUCUCCCAAGCCAAUGACCUCGAAGCGGUCCUAAGCACCCCGCCCACCCCGUCCCAGCAUCCAUCCGCAAAGAGAAUGGACAGCGGUCUCGGCAUGGACGACGAGGGCCGGGAGUCGGAGUUGGUGCCGAUACGGACGGCACCGCUCCCGAAGGAUGUCACCGUGACCGGCCGAGUCCGUGGCGGCUUUAUUAGGAGAAAGCAGGAUACGCUGGUGUAUGCGGGCGACGGGGCGAGUUGGAAGAUUCGCGUGGUUCGCGAUGGCGUCGGAUGUCGGAAUCGAAGCAAUACGAAGUGAGGCUUUCCGGUACCUCUCGCGCUGCGUUUCUGGGCUGCUGGCAGCUGCGGUUGGAACGUCGCUGGGCGAGUUCUAGCGCCCAUUGUCUUUUGGGACACAAUCACGAAUCUCUUUUGGUUCCAUUGUUAUAGAUUGGCGCAUUCGGACACUUAGAUACCUUCGCAAGUGCUGUAAAUAGACAUUAGUACCGUAAUUCCUAAUAUUAAUAGAGUUAACAGGACAGUUACAUGUCAGGAAG